UAAAGAGGACUUUAAUUAUAUAAAAGAUGAGGAAAAAUAGAAAAAAAAUGUAAACAAUUUUAGUUCACUUCACUUGAAGUUGUUGUCACCUAACCUAACAAAAUGAAUAUUUUACCAAAGAAAAGGUGGCAUGUGCGAACUAAAGACAACAUCGCUAGGGUCCGAAGGGACGAGGCUAAAGCAGCAGAGGAAGAAAAAGAAAAACAAGAUCGGAUAAAGUUAGCUGAACGUGAAGCAAGGACACAACUUCUCAGGGCUAAAGCUAGAGCUAAUCUACCAGCUGCAAGUUUCAUCCCCUUAGACCUAAAUGACACAACUAUCCCCGCAGCUCCUACUACCCAAACCGAUGGUGCUGAAACAGCAGCAGCACCAAGUGGACAUGUCAAUUUCUUCCAAGAUUUGGAGGAAGGGACAGCCGAGUAUAAAGCUGUUAACAAGGAGCAUGAGAAGGAAAAGAAGGAAGAGCAGGAGAAAUACGAGAAGCAGAUCGGCUACUUGACAUAUUUGGGGCAGGACACAAAUGAGGCUUUAGGUAAAACGAGCUGGUACAAUGAGCUACCAAACCGCAAGUCAAUUGACGCAAAUGAAGCAGAAGUUAAUUUGAAACAUAAACAACUCUAUGAUCCCUUGGAGAAAAUGAAGAAGUUAUUGAGUUUACCAAUCAGUAAACCAGUUGAACCUAAAGAUGGUUUAGAUCCUGGCUUUCUGAAAUCUUUAAUGCAGCAAAGACCACCACCAGUGGUUAGCAGGAAGAGAGAAAGGAGUGAAUCUGAUGAGGAGGAGAAAGUGAAGAAACGCAAGAAGCAUAAGAAGAAGCACAAGAAGGAAAAAUCGAAGAAGAAAAGCAAAAAAAGGAAACGCGAGAGAUCGAGUUCCCGCGAGUACACUUCCGAAGAUGAGAUUGAGAAGAAGAGGAAAUUAGAAGAGUUGCGAUCGCAACGUUUGAAGCGAGAGGCGGAGGAGCGAAGAAAAUCUGAGAGUUUAUUGGCGAAAUUACGAGGUGAUAAAGUUCCGGUUGAGGUAGAGACGAUUCCGAAAUCAGCAGUUAAACAAAAGUAUAAUUCGCAAUUUUGUCCUGAAAUUGCCAAACAGAAUCAUUCGACUGGAAAAUAAGCUAAUAUCGUUAAAAUGUAUUAUUAUUAAUUUAAUAUAAUUUGUUAUU